AAGUUUAUGGGUUGAAUUUUGGUUAAAAAGUGAACCUGCUAAAAAAACUCGUGGAACUGAAGUUAUUGAUCGUAUAAAUGAGUUGGAAGCUAAAUUUGCUUCAAUAAAAGAUUUAAUUGAAGAACGAAAACGUGAUCUAUUAAAUAUCAAAGAAGGAAGAGAAUUUGCAAGAAGUGCUCAUGAUAUUCGUAAUAAACUUGAUGAAGUUAAAGGGAAAAUGAGAAAGGGUGAUACAACAACUGAUGCUUCAAUUCAAGAAUUGGAUGCUCUUAUGGUUGAUACUAAUAAAAUGCUUAAUGAUCUUGAGUCCUCUUAUGCCCAUUUAAUAUCACCUGAAGCACAGGAUACGAGUUACAGAGAGGCAUUUAAAAAUCAUAAAGAACAAUAUGUUCGUGUUAUAGCUUGGAUUGAAGAAGUUCGUGUUUGGUUUAAAGAAGCUGAACGUAUACGUUUAUGGAUUGAUGAACGUAUCAAUACUUUGGAAAAUGUUCCUCAAGUUGAUGUUUUCCAAGAAGGUGAAGCUCCUGCAACUCAACAACAG